AUGCCAUCCCUCAUUACACUUUCAAUGAUGGUCGGAGCCAUCGCGACACCAGUAGUCGCAGAUAUUUACAACGUCAAUGUCCCUUCUGGCUUCUUUUCCGGUCCUCAGUCCGGCAUCGGCUCAUGGUACCGCGCUUCCACUGGCCAGGACUCAACCAAUGGACAAAGCUGGUGCGGCUACAAGUACUACAACUCCGAUCCUGUGUUUGCUCCCUCUCUGAAGGCAAUGGGCGGUGCUACGUACAACUCCAACCCCGAUGCCUGGAGACAGCAGACUAGAAAGUACUGUGGCCUGGAGGCCAAGGUCACUGACCCUACGACUGGGAAGAGUCAGCUUAUGUACAUUGGCGAUUCUUUCGAUGAUGCAUGGGUCAGAACGCCCGCAUCCAUCGACAUCAUGAUUGAUGCCUACUCCAACAUCCAUGGCAACCCCAAUGGGGACAAGAACAAUGUCAUCAAGGGAGUUCAGUGGGAGCUCACAGGUAGGGUCAACACACAGUACGCUGCACCAGGUGCAUCCUGGCCCCCUACCUCCGGUGGUUCUGGAGGCGGUUCUGGCGAUGGUUCAAGCACUGGUGGGUUGGGAGCCAAGUGUGAUGGCCAGACCAAGUUGUGCAACAGCGGUCUCACCUGUCUCUCCCCUGAUGGUGUCUGCAGCGACAAGGCUUGCAACUGGGGAUGCCAAGGAUGGUCUUGCAGCUCAAGUGUCCCGUGCCAGAAGCCCUCGAACUGUGUCAGCGGUGUUUGCAGCGCUUGA